AGAAGAGUGUGGGAGUGACUGUUGUUUACACAGACCACAGACAUCACACAGACCAUAUAAAGUUAGAUUCUCACAGACUCUGACCCCUUUUAGGCAACAGAGCCUCCGUGAGCCAAGUGCAGACUAAAUUCCCUCCUGUAUCCUGGAAGUAGACCCGCAACUUGAGCGAGGAAAAUGGCCUGCCAAUCAUCCCUCCCCGAGGAGGAUCUCACGUGUCCGGUGUGCCGUGACAUUUUCAGAGAUCCAGUGGUGUUGUCGUGUAGCCACAGCGUCUGUAAAGCCUGCCUGAGUCAGUAUUGGAACACCAAAGGAACCCGGGAGUGUCCGCUCUGCCGCAGGAGGUUCCCAGAUGCAGAGCCUCCCCGUAACCUGGCUCUGAGGAACCUGUGCGAGGCCGUCCUGAGCCACAGGGAGGGGUCGUUGGAGAGCGGCCGGGAGCGUCCCGUAAGGUCUCGAGGCCUCUGCGCUUCUCACGGUGAGCCAUUCAAGCUCUUCUGCCUGGAAGACAAAGAGACUCUGUGUGUGGUGUGCCGGGACUCAAGGCUACACAGAUGUCACGAAUGCCAGCCUCUGGAUGAAGCUGCCCUGGAUCUGAAGGAAAAACUGAUGACUAAACUCAAGCCCUUGCAAGAGAAGCUGAAGCUCUUUAAAGAAGUGAAACAAACCUAUGAUGAAACCGCAGAACACAUCAAGAAUAUCAAGGCCACAAUGGCGAGAGCCCAGUGCAGACUGCAGGACCCAGAGAAUGUGACAGGAGCUCUGAUCAAUGUGACACAGCACCUGGGCAACCUGAAGUUUAGUGUCUGGAAGAAGAUGCAGGAAAUGGUUCAGUACACUCCUGUGAUUCUGGAUCCCAACACCGCAGGCCCUCGUCUCAGCCUGUCUGACGACCUGACUGGUGUAACCUACAGCGACGAGAGACAGCAGCUCCCUGAUAACCCCGAGAGAUUCAACUGGUAUCUAUGUGUCUUGGGCUCCGAGGGCUUCCGCUCGGGGACGCAUAGCUGGGAUGUCGACGUCGGAGACAGCACUCUGUGGUUGCUGGGCGUCACCAUGGAGUCGAAUCAGAGAAAAGGAUUGAUAUUCUUCAACAGCGGGGUCUGGUGCGUGCUGCACAUGGAUGGCGAGUACAAGUCACGUUCCUCGGGCCAGACCGGCUCUCCUCUAUCCGUGAAAGACAGACUGCAGAGAGUCAGGGUGCAGCUGGACUUGGGCCGAGGGACGGUAUCGUUCUUGGACCCGGUUCACAACAUUCACCUGCACACGUUCAGACACACCUUCACCGAGAGGGUGUUUCCGUUCUUCUUUAAUUGGUGUGCUCAGUCUCCCCUGAGGAUUUUACCACACAGGUGUUCUGUAACAAUGAGCUAAUUCAUUUUGGGGUGUGCUGAUUGUUUAAAAAAAUAAGUCUGUUUCGGGGAUUUUAUUUUGACACAGUUGAAGACAGUAGAAAACCAUUCACAGAAAAUGACUCAACCACGGCCAUCUUCAAACGAAAGACCUCAGUCGUCCUCUCACUAUGUUACACUCUAUGCUCCUUGCUCUACACCUGAUAAAAUAAUCCUGUGCUUCUCUUGCCAUCUAAGACGAUGUGGUUGUGUUGAAUUGAUGAUUGGUUUACCUGAAAAUAUCGACUUUGCUGUAAAUCAUAUGCAAUGUUUAGUUACCUGAUUGAUUUCAAGUCCUUUGUAUGGUACAUCUUUAUGCGGGUAGUUCUACUUUACUUACUUCUCUGUGUUUAGUGUGCUAUGGGAAAACCAAGGGAUCUUGAAAACUGUAUAUGAAUAACAUGUUCUUACCUCGUAACAUGGAAGUUGAUGCCUGAUGCUCUUAAAAUAUCUCAGUAGUUUUUAUUGGUCAUAUCAAAAACUUCAUUAAAAACUUUCAUUAAAAAAAA